AUGAAGGCCCAGUCAAAUAAAAGACUAAUCUUGCACUUCAAUAUUGAUAAGACAAUUGUAUGCAGAGAUCCUUACAAUGGACUUGACAAUAUACCCAUCACCCUUGCAGAUUGCGUUGCCAAACUCUGCUGGGGUCAGGUCACUGUUGAAGAAGAUGUCAAGAAAUGGACCCUUGCCUGGGAUACUUUCAGCCAUGAAAGACCAGAAGAAGAUCUCAUGACUUUCAGAGAUUUCCUAGAGCUUGAGCAUGGCCUGAGAACCGAUCUUCUUGAAGGAGAAACUCAGGAACAACUUGAUGAGAUUAACAAGGCAAAUAAGGAGCUAUUCAUGGAGAAAUUACUAAAUUUCUCAAAGCCAGGAAACCCAGGAAGUAAAUUUAAAAGUCAAAUUGAGAAGCUCAACAGAUCUACUUAUCUUCCAAAGAACGUAAGAGAGGAGCUUGGCCUCAAUGACCUCAAAAAGGAAAAGGAUAAGAAAAAGGCAGAAGAUGAAGCUGAAGGAGAAGAUAGCGGAGAAGGAGAAGACGACCAAGAAGAGGAAGAAGAGGAGGUUGAAGAGACUGAUGAACAAAAGAUGAUCAAUCUCUUUGAAGACCAGAAAUAUCACCUUCUCCCAUCCUUCUUCAAAACUCUGAUUUAUCUUAAAAAGGCUAAGAGAGAGUUUUCAAUUGUUAUUAGGGGAGAAGACGAGUUCAUAAAACCUGCAGUGUUUGAAUUCAAUAAGUUCUGCAUAGGAGAGCAUCCAUGCUUCUGUGGAAGAUCAGGCACACCUACUAUCAAGUUUGAUGGAAGCAAGAACACCAGAUACUGAAUUAUAGAUGACUGCUGUAAAGCGAAUUUCUACAAAUUCGACACUGAGACAAAAAUGGUAUUUGGAACACUUGAUGCUGAGCAUCUUGAAGAUAUCGAUUCUCCUGAUGACCUUGAGGAUGUAUUCUAUGAUAAGAUAGACUCUAAAGAAAGAGUUUUAACUAAUGAUAGUGUAGAAUCUUAUGUACAUCUCAUGGAAAUAUUCAAGAAAUACAAUGGAGCUGCCAUCAGAGAAGACAAGGAUCAAAGAAGGAUCCUCUAUAUUGAUCCAGCUGACUACAACACUCAUCAUAUCUUCUUUGAUGCCAAAUGAGGGCUAGGAGAUGACUGCAGAAUUUCUGUUAGAGAUAUCAUCUCAGAUGAAGAGAUUCCUUACAAAGAUGUUAUUAAUAAAUUUAUUGCAGUAGUUGAACCUCAUAGAGCUGUUUCUGAGCCAGACUACUUCAUGAAGUUAAUAGAGAUGUGUGAAUACACCAGAGAUCAAGAAAUAGAAGCAAGAGAAUCUGGAAGACUUGAAGAACAACAGAUUCAAAAGAAAGAGACCUUCAAGGGACCAGGAAGUGCUGGAUCCUCCUUUGUUGAUUCUCAGAACCAAUCUGAUCAAGCUCCAAAAGAAGAGUUAAAUGAGUGGGAAAAACUCCAGAAUUUGCCUCAUGAUCAAUACUUAGCUAAAACUGUGAUGCCUGUAUUAUACCAAGGAUUAAAAGUAGUUUCUGUAGAGCGUCCAAAAUGACCAUUGAAGACCUUAGCUUUGUAUAUGCUCAAGAAUCAAGAGAAGGUAAUGUUGAAGUCUGAUACUUAAUUAUUACUCCUUCAUUCCUAUCAUUGAAAUUACAGAAAGAGGCAUCUCAUUCAUAUGCAUUUUAAGGGGAUACUUAGCCUAUAACUAUUAUUCACAAUUUU